AGCAUACUUCCAAAGUGACCCGAAGCAGCUUUAUUUUGGCCUUUCUGUUUGAGCCCUUAGUUUCUUGUAAGCCUGCUUUUUCAUUGACGUGACCUGACUUGAACAAGCUAUGACUAGCGCUAACUAGACUUGGAAAAAAUGUUGAGUAGAUUGGAACAGGACAUCUGCAGUACACAGGAAUUUGUUCGCCCAAAAUGGAAAAAGCUAACAGCAACACACUGUGAAUCCAAAGUCUAUAUGUAGAUGUAUGCAAAGCUCCAGAUCCCCUGUAAAUUCAUACAGAUUGCUUUAUAGUUCUUGACUUUAAUAGUAAUUAGUACACCAAAAGAGGCCCAAUUCAAGGUGUGUCCACACUAUUUUUUGGAUUUGGAUUAAUGCAUUCCAAAGAGGAAGUUAUGGUUUCCUCUUUCCAAUAGAUAUUCUUUUUUUAAUGAAAGAGAAAUUAUUACCAGUUUAAUUAUAUAGUGUAAAUAUGUCCUCAGUGUUGUAUACUAUGUUGAUUGAUGUGAAGGCAAGGGAAUGUUUCCUUUUGCACUAAAUAGUAAAACCAUGUAAGGUGGGGCGACUGAUGGAUCUGGAGAAGUUGGUACUUGAAUUUCAGCUACUUUCUGCAUGCCAUCUGUACAAAUCUCACAAUGAAUUCAUCAGCAUCGCAGUAAAGUGACCAAAAUGACAGAGUUCUGGCUGAUUUCUGCUCCUGGGGAGAAGACUUGUCAGCAGACUUGGGAAAAGCUGUGUGCUGCAACUAUCAAAAACAACAAUCUUUCCACCAAUUCCAAAUUUAAUAUUCCAGAUCUAAAGGUUGGCACUCUUGAUGUUUUAGUUGGCUUGUCAGAUGAGCUGGCUAAACUGGAUGCAUUUGUGGAAGGUGUUGUCAAGAAGGUGGCACAGUAUAUGGCUGAUGUGCUGGAAGACAGCAGAGAUAAAGUUCAAGAAAACCUUCUGGCCAAUGGAGUUGAUUUAGUCACCUACAUAACAAGGUUCCAAUGGGAUAUGGCAAAGUAUCCGAUCAAGCAGUCUCUGAAGAAUAUUUCAGAAAUAAUUGCCAAGGGAGUGACUCAGAUUGACAAUGAUCUAAAGGCGAGGGCAUCAGCGUACAAUAGUCUGAAAGGCAACCUCCAGAACUUGGAAAGGAAGAAUGCUGGGAGUUUGCUAACAAGAAGUCUGGCGGAAAUUGUGAAGAAAGACGACUUUGUACUUGAUUCGGAAUAUUUGAUUACAUUGUUAGUGGUUGUACCAAAGUUAAAUUUUAAUGACUGGAUGAAGCAGUAUGAAACUUUGACUGAUAUGAUAGUCCCACGAUCCAGCAAUGUUCUUUCCGAGGAUCAGGAUAGUUACCUCUGUAAUGUUACUUUGUUCAGGAAGGCAGUGGAUGAAUUCAGACACAAAGCCAGGGAGAACAAGUUUAUGGUCCGUGACUUUCAAUAUAAUGAAGAAGAGAUGAAGGCAGACAAAGAAGAAAUGAACAGGCUCUCUACUGAUAAGAAGAAACAGUUUGGACCUCUAGUUCGAUGGCUGAAAGUUAAUUUCAGUGAAGCUUUCAUUGCAUGGAUUCAUGUGAAAGCACUAAGAGUCUUUGUCGAAUCUGUUUUAAGGUAUGGUUUGCCAGUUAACUUCCAGGCUAUGCUCCUUCAACCCAACAAGAGAACAAUGAAGAAACUGAGAGAAGUUCUCUAUGAUUUGUACAAGCAUCUUGACAGCAGUGCAGCAGCAAUCAUUGAUGCAACUAUGGAUAUUCCAGGUUUAAACCUUAGUCAGCAAGAAUACUAUCCCUAUGUGUACUACAAGAUAGACUGCAACUUGCUUGAAUUCAAGUAGAUUGUUUAUGAUCCUGACCCAUCUUCCCAUAGUGUUGGUGUACAAGCAACAAAGGUUGAAGAAUGGUGAUGCUCCCAACUCUCUUGUAAACCUGUGCUUGCUUCUUUCUCCCUUUGCAUAGGAGAAUUCCUAGUUGUCCAUCUCUUGACAUUUUCUUUUUAAAGAGAAGUGUAAGUAUUGCUUUUAAUUGAUCAGGUCUGUAAAUGUAUAUUGAGAGAAUCAAAGUGUAUUUAUAAAUAGUUCCUUAUUUAAAAGGUAAAAAAAAAAGGUCAUUCCGCUUUAAUACUAUAAUCUAUAUCAAUUCCAUUGACUUUCCUCUUUGAAGACCUUGUUUACAAAGGGAGAUAGUGGGAAAAAUGUAUGCCAUUUUGUUCACUGUUUCAUAGAUAUAUUGUAAACAUCGUUAUUGAAUUGUGUUGUAAAAUAUGUGAAGACUGAUAUUCAGUCGGUGCUUUCUGAAUGUUUUAACUUUACAAGAUGUGUUGCACUGGAAACAUUCAUAGGGUAAAAUAAAGCACCUGUACAACUGUA